CAGGCAUUAAUAAUCGAUCUCCGAUGCUCGCAUUUAGCUCUCUGCUCUGCUCUAACGCUCACAUUCAGGAUCUGUCCUUCGACGUCUGCUACAAUGGCAACUACAGUGAAGCUCAACUCAGGCGCUCAAAUGCCCAUUCUGGGACUGGGCACAUGGAAGUCUCCACCCGGCAAGGUCACAGAGGCCGUGAAAGCAGCCAUUGCAGCUGGUUACAGGCACAUCGACGGGGCGUUCGUCUACCAAAACGAGGCGGAGGUGGGCGAAGGGGUCAAUGCCAUGAUCAAAGAGGGCGUGGUCAAAAGAGAGGAUCUCUUUGUAGUCAGCAAGCUGUGGUGCACUUUCCAUGAGAAGUCCCUUGUGAGAAAGGCCUGUGAGAAAACACUUAGUGAUCUUAAACUGGACUACCUAGAUCUUUAUCUUGUUCACUGGCCCAUGGGCUUUAAGUCUGGUGGCGAUCUUUUUCCCCUGGAUAGUAAUGGAGAGACCAUCACCGAUACCACUCACUUCCUGGAGACGUGGGAGGGGAUGGAAGAGCUGGUCGAUGCUGGUUUGGUCAAAGCUAUUGGCAUUUCCAACUUCAACAAGGACCAAAUCGAAGCCAUCCUUAACAAGCCAGGCCUGAAGUAUAAACCUGCCAACAACCAGGUCGAGUGCCACCCAUACCUGACCCAGGAGAAGCUUAUAAACUACUGCCACUCCCAGGGCAUCACAGUUACAGCUUACAGCCCUCUUGGGUCCCCUGAUAGACCCUGGGCUAAACCAGAAGACCCUUCACUUUUGGAUGAUCCCAGCAUUAAAGCCAUCGCUGACAAGCAUAAAAAGACUCCUGCUCAGGUCCUGAUCCGCUUCCACAUCCAAAGAAACGUGAUCGUGAUCCCAAAGUCCAUCACUCCGCAACGCAUUCAAGAGAAUUUCCAGGUGUUUGACUUUGAACUAACCCAGGAGGAAAUGAAAACCAUAUUAGGAUUCAACCGGAACUGGAGAGCCUGUCCCAUGCAUUGGGGUAUAAAGCACAAGGACUACCCAUUUAACACUGAAUUCUGAAAGGAAACCAAGUCCGGUUAUUCUUCCAUACUCUCUGGACCCACUCUGUUUCCUGAAGAGUUUUCGUUUGGGGUGUGAUUUGUUUUCUUUUGCCCCGCUCUGUUUCUGUCUCUUUGUUUUAUUGCAUAUUAAGUUCUGCUGUUACAGCUUGCAUUCAUUGAGGCAUUAAGUUACUGAAUCAUUUUACUUGUGGGCAAUAAGUGCCUCUUUCUAAAUAUAUGAGUGACAUUUAUUUUUUUAAAUAAGUGGACAAGUGAAAUCAAUUUUUUGUUGAAAGGACGGGUCUUUCUUAACAGGACCCUUUCGCAUUUAAAUACACUCCUUCAAACUGCAUCUUGCAGCUAAUUUGCUAAUUUCCAAGCAUUUACCACUGGAAAACUGAUCAUGUUACAGUCUAAAAGCUUAUGAUGAAUCGUAUGGUGCUGUGUAGUCUUGUACAUUUUCGAAUCAGUCUCCAGC